UCUUUAUGGACGUUUAUUAUUUUCAAUGAUUUAACAAGCAAUAGCAUCAUUGCCGUGAACGCCUGAACUUCGUUGAAGUCGUGAGUCAAGUCGUGAGACACCCACCACCUCUGAGAAUAAAAAUGGAUAACCAUUUUCUGUAUGGAAAUAAUACGUCUCGUUUUGCUGGCCGGCGCAUUAUGCCGAUAUUUACUAACUGCAUGAAGCUUUAUAGCGAAAUUAACACAUGGACGUGCAAAAAUCUUGGGCGCAACGUGAGAAGCCGUUGAUGGUGGACCGAAAAUAAUAAUGGCCGCAAGCAGCCUGACACGGACGUCAAAAAACACGAUUUGAGAUAAACUUGAAGUAAGUCUCUGGCAUGCCCUUCCUCGCACUGAUGUGCGUCACGCUGAGAAAAGCUCUUGAGCAGGAAGUUGAUUUUUGAAGAGGCGGACGGUUCAUACAGCUGAAAGCAAACAUUACAACACAACGCCAAUGAGACCGGAGAAGACAGGCAGCCAGACGUCAGCUCACUCUACAUGGAGCCACAGCAAAUCAGGGAGGGCUACCUAGUGAAAAAGCGCACGUUGCUGAACUCCUGGAAGGUGGUGUGGGUGAUUCUGUCAGAUGAUGGUGUGGAGAUCUACAGGAAGAAGGCUGACAGCUCUCCCAAAGCGAUGAUCCCCCUGAAGGGAGCCAAGCUGAUCAGCACAUGCCAAGACUUCCUGAAAAGGACGUUUGUUUUUAAGAUCAGCACACCGAAAAGCCACGACCAUUUCUUCCAAGCCACUCAUUUGGAAGAAAUGGAGGUUUGGGUCAAAGACAUCCAGAAAACUAUCAGUGGUCUAGAUGGGGGCAUGAAGUUUGCAAGGAGGUCCAUACGGAGGGCCAGUCAGUUGCCCAGCACCGUAAAUAUGAGUGAACUGUAUAACUCAAUGAAAGACCAAAACACUGGAAUAAAGGAGAAGAAGCUGGAGAGAAACAAGAGAACAUUCAACCAGUGCUUCACAGGCAGCCAAGCGGUUGAUUGGCUGGUGUCCCAGGGCCGAGCCAGGAACAGGACAGAGGCGCUAAUGCUAGCUACAGGGCUCCUGAACGAGGGGUAUCUGCAGCCAGCUGGGGAAGUGCCUAAGAAGGCAGCUGAGAUGCAGUCGGUGUCUGUUCUGCUGGACCAGUUAGAUGCCUUCUAUUACUUUGCGGACAGUGGCUUUUUCUCGGAGGGGUACUCAAGUGAUGAGGACACUGUCACAAAGGAGGAAUUCAAGGGCAUUAUCAUAAAGCAGGGAUGUUUGGUGAUGCAGGGGCAUCGCAGAAAGACAUGGAAAGUCCGGAAAUUUAUUCUCAGAGGCAGUCCUCCAUAUUUACACUACUACGAUCCAACCAAGGAUGGAGGUGAUCCCCUUGGAUCCAUAAACCUCCGAGGCUCGGUCGUAACUGCUGUGGAUCAUCUGCCCGAUGCUAAGAAGAAUGACGAGGCUGCCAAUCUCUUUGAAAUCAUUACAUCGGAUGAAAUUCACUACUUCCUGCAAGCAACAACAGCAAAGGAACGCAAGGAAUGGAUUCAAGCCAUUCACGAAGUUGCUAAGAUAGGAAAAUAGCAACUGUUAAAUAUUAAUUUCAGUGGAUCAUUUUGCACAUCUAUAGGUAAUGAACCAAUCCUUUGAUAAAGGAUUAUCAGUUAUAUUACCCAUACCCUUCUUAAACAUACAAAGUACACAGAACAUAGCACAUAAAAGCUCUACUACUGGAGAAAUAACUAUAAUGCAUUUAAAAGAUUUUAUUCUCUUGUUCUCUUUUUGUUAUUUAUUAUUUAAUAACUAUUUUAUCCAGUGGUUUUAGACACAUUUUAAGAUUUUACUGUGCACCUAUUUAUUUAAGACUGUGUACUUUACUAAAGUCCUUCAAAUUGUUAUACUAUAAUGGUGGAGAGCUGCAAUGCUGUGCUUCCUGUGGGCGCAGAAAUAUUCCAAUGUGGCUAACACCAAUUGCACCCGAUAACACUUCUCUCAUUACUUAUUUAUAAGUUGCUUGUGCCAUCUGUGACAGGUUUAAGGCAAUGCUCUAAACAUAAAAGAACAAUUCUUCAUUUGACAAUAAAUAUUUGAAAUGCUG